AUGAGUUCAUUACCCAAUACCAAUUGGAAUGACCCUAACAAUGGGAAAUCUAAUAUUCGAACCACUCAUCAAGCACAACCACUGACUAAUGUAUCGCCUCCUAAUAACAGAUCAGUACCAAUAUCGGGGUCAGUAGGAGGACCUCAGUACGGAAGCUCACAAUUGUCAAAUGAGUACUCUCGAAAUCCUAGUACAAUAGGCGGACCAUCAUACCCACUACAACAGAAUCAGCGAGGGUAUCUACAAAAUACAGGCUAUCCGAUACAACAAGUCCCACAGCAAAGAAGUGGUGAUAAACUACAGCAGGUUCCUUCUCUGCAGCAGCAGCAACAACCAUUAUAUCAGCAGUAUCCUCCUCAACAAAUGGGCUACCUAGCGGGUGAUAUGUACAACCCCCAGCACCAAGAAUAUGUGCAAAUGAACCAACUACCAAACCAACAAUACAAUUUGCAACAAAGACAACAAGUACAAGGACAACAGCUUAAACUGCAACUAAAUGAUCAAUCCACCAUGAUGUCUACAUCAACACAGCAAUAUCCUGUACAAGAUUUUGUCAAUCCAUACGCGAAUCCACAGAAUCCUGCAGAACAACAACAACAACAUCAACAUCAACAACAACAACAACCACUUCGAGGACAAUCACAACAAUGGGAUGGGUAUCAAUCUCAACCCUUGUAUCCCGCUGUUGGUAAUGCUAUACCUUCCUCAAGUCAGCAACCAGUUGUGGCCCCAUCAGAUCAGCAACAACUUAAACAACAGCAGCCACUGCCACCAGAACAGGUCACAAAGAAGAAACCUGGUAGAAAACCAAAAUCAAGAAAAUUGUCAGACCUGAGUUCUGAACUACCUCUGGUUUCAAAAACGGCAUCUAGUUCUUCGGGCUCGCCAACUGGAGUCAAUUCUGGUAAAGCAAUCACCAAAAGAUCACGUAUGGGAUGCCUAACAUGUCGUCAAAGGAAAAAGCGUUGUUGCGAAACUAGACCAAGGUGUACUGAGUGUACUAGGCUUCGUUUAAACUGCACAUGGCCCAAGCCCGGUACAGAACACAAAAACAAGCCUAAGGAUCAAAAAGAUGACGAAAAUACAAUUGAGCAUGCCGAGUUUGGUAGAAUCAAAGUUUUGAGGGGUAUCGUUGAGUACAGAAGCAAGUAA